AGUUCCUUUUCCUUUAAGGACAUUGAAGUUUUGUAGUUCCUGUGUAAUUGACCUGUCAGCGUUGUAGUACAAGCUGUCACUGCUGAUAAUUUCUUCGUUUUUCUAACAGAGUUUUCGGAAAGUAGCACACCGAGUAGCGGGACGCCGGGCUCAGGGGAUAACUUAUUGUUGUUGUUGCUGUUGAGUCAACGAGCAACGAGCUAACGGCUAAGUUAGCUAACACAGCGAACAAGUUGACAAGUCCGGGGCUUAGCUGGUGGUAGUCGACCGCAGCGGGCAGCGUUAGCUAGCUCUCCUGAAGUUAGCUAGCUAGCCUGCUGGAAGUACGAGGGUAGGAAGCCGCCCACUUCUGCAAAGCAGCUAUUCUGACCAAAAAAAGUGAACGAUGGAAGCUCAAAGCUCAAGCGAGCUGCUGCUUUCAAGGAAAAGGAGGAGAGAAGGCUCCAAUGGAGAAACUGAAGAGGGCGAGAGGCUUGGGAAAAUCCCCAGGUGUACAGUGGGACUGAAGCACCCCGCCCCUUUCGCAGAUGAACUGGAGCCAGCUGAUGGUAAACCAUACGCCAGAGUCAGUAUGGAGGAAGCCAAGAGGGGAACGUCAGCUGAGAGACCGGUUCGGGUGUAUGCAGACGGCAUCUUUGACGUUUUUCACUCAGGUCAUGCCAGAGCACUCAUGCAGGCAAAAUGCCUCUUCCCAAACACACACCUCAUUGUCGGAGUUUGCAGUGAUGAUCUGACCCAUAAAUUCAAGGGCUUCACAGUGAUGAAUGAGGACGAGCGCUACGACGCAGUCAGACAUUGCCGGUACGUGGAUGAGGUGGUUCGGAACGCUCCCUGGACGCUAACACCAGAGUUCCUCGCAAAACACAGAAUUGACUUUGUGGCCCAUGACGACAUCCCAUACUCCUCAGCAGGAAGCGAUGACGUGUACAAGCACAUCAAGGAGGCUGGAAUGUUUGCUCCCACUCAGCGGACAGAGGGAAUCUCCACGUCUGACAUCAUCACACGCAUCGUCCGAGACUAUGACGUGUACGUGAGACGUAACCUACAGAGGGGCUACACAGCCAAGGAGCUCAACGUCAGCUUCAUUAAUGAGAAGAAGUACCACUUACAGGAGCGUGUGGACAAGGUGAAGAGGAAGGUCCGCGACGUGGAGGAGAAGAGCAAGGAGUUCGUCCAGAGGGUGGAGGAGAAGAGCAUCGACCUCAUCCAGAAAUGGGAGGAGAAAUCCAGGGAGUUUAUUGGCAACUUCCUGCAGAUGUUUGGCCCAGAGGGAGCUCUGAAACACAUGUUGAAGGAGGGAAAAGGCCGCAUGCUGCAGGCCAUCAGUCCCAGACAAAGCCCCAGCAGCAGCCCCACUCGCGAGGAGCGCUCCCCCUCGCCCACCUUCCGCCUCCCCUUCUUCACCAAGACCUCCCCGCCCCCCUCCCCCCCGCCCCACCACAGCGGGGCCCGCGGGUACCUCAUCAGCGAGGACGACGACGACGAAGAUGAUGACGACGACGACGACGAAAACUAGAGGGUCCGCCGCUUUCUUCCGGUCGCAGUCGCCGCAAGUCCAAUUAAACUGUGCUGUCAAGUAGCGUGGUUUUCAUCGAACUCCUGCUUUCAUCACAUUUUAUUCGUUUGUAAUUUUAAGUUUCACACCUCACCGUCAUGACGACAUUCGUUCACAGAUCGGGUUUUUUUUUUUUUUAGCCAGUUUUGUUUUUCUGCGUAACAGUCAGUAAAAUUUACCACUAGUCACCUGAGUUCAGUGCGUUUAUCUCAGUCAUAUUUAACACUGACUUUUUGUUUAGUCGCUCACUGUCACGUGCUCCUCAGUUCACUCAUUGCACUCUUUUAUUUCUGACAGUAUUUUUAAGGUUGGCAUUGUAGUGCCGUAGGAGUUUUUUUUUGUUGUUGUUUUUCUCAUGUUGUGGCUUUAGCGGGAGGGCUGGCAGGUUUUUGGUCACUUGUCGGAAACAGCACAUUGGCUUUGGUGAAGGAGAAGCUGAACUGGAGUCUCUGCUGAGGAGCUCUAGAGGAGGUGUUCUAGUCGUCUAGAUGAUCUGCUCACGCGUCGGGGCAUGUGGUGUUUUAUUUACACUAACAUAAAUUCAACAUUUGUUUUUGAUCUCAACUGAAAUUCAGUUGCGAUUGAUUUUUUUUUAUUUUUUUUUUUUCCCCAGUAACAGGAAAACUCCGGAUUACCUCAAACCUGAGCUGAAUCUGAGAGUAAAUAAACAAGUAUUAAAUGUCUGCUUAACACCGUCACCCCCUGAGUUUGACAGUCCGCCUGCGUUGGGGCUGUGUGUGUUUGUGCAUGUGAUGUGUGUGUGUAUGUGUGUGCAAACUGUCAGCAUGUUCGAAGCCUGUCAACGUCCUCCAUCUGUUGACAGAACUUUGACGUAGUUGCACACCGUUAUUAUUUUGUUUUUAACAUUCUUUUCCACUGACAAGACGAGGAGUCUUUGGAAGCUUCAAACUGGACGAUUUUCAAGUGGCGUCGAAAAACGUGUCGCAUUUAUUAUUUUUUUUUAUUAUUUCUGUAGAUUCCAUUUCCCCUCUCUGCGUCCUUUGUACAGCACCCUUGUUAAAGUUAGUCUGAGCUCUAAAUCAGCUGGUGAUCCUGUGCGUCACAUAUUUUCUCGGAUGCUAACCGAACGGACUUGUUUACUAUCGAGGAAGAGAAACGGCGAUUAACAAUACGUGCUCUUGUAUUUAACGGUAACUGUUGUCAUGCACAAUGUAAGAUCAAACAUGCGUGUACAAACAAUUCAUGCAUGAAGCUCAAUGUUUUUAAGUUUUUGAGUCACAAGCACAAAGUGUAUCUAAUAAAGUCAUUGGUUAUCAGACACGCAGGUGGAAAUAUUCAACUAUCCCAAAACUGUUGGGUUUCAGUGUUUUUCCAAAUGCAGCACUUGAGUCUGGAGUCUUCCCAUUAGGCUGUAAAUGUGCUGCACAGAGGUGAAGGAAUAAAAUUUAGGAAUGCCAAGUUACCAUGGUUACAGCUACCUCCUUCGUCCCGCAAAUGUUUGUUCCUUUCCCAAGAUGAGCACAAGGUUUUAGCAUUAUUUCUGCGCUCUGAACAGACCCAUUGUUCGACACUCAGACAGUGUGACCUGGUCAAAUAUUUGAGACUUUUUGUUCCUGGUGUACACUCUGCAUCUGCACUGACAAAGCAUGUAUUCUAUCUCUUAUAUGAAUCUGAAAACAAAAACACCGGUGAUCGAAAGAUGUAAUGCAAUACUGUUAGAUAACGCUAAUCUAAAUGUUGACGUGUCAGAUCAAUUCGUUCUAGGCUCGGUUUCCCAAAAGAACUUCAAAGUUUCGACAAAUGCUAAUCUGCCGUGUAGUCACUGGACAAACACUGCCUCUGUUCUCCGGGUUUCAAUCAGAUUUUAAAGUUAGGAAAUAACAGAAAAUACUAAUAAGGAUUUCCACAGUUACAAUGUGCAACUUUUGAUGUUCAAUUGCACAAAACCAGUAUAAUUUACUAAGGAAAUCCAGCCUAGAAUUUGGUGCUAAGUAAGCUACUUUUGGGAAGCCCUGCCUUGAUUCUUGUGGAAUCUGUUGCUAAAAUCAGUGUGAACUUCUCAGUAAGAGCAUGUCCACAUGAAGAGCUCAAGGUGGCAGGCCAAUAAAAGCCACUACUAGAAACAAAUGUAAAUGUUUUUAACAGCAAGUGUUUUAAUCGUGUUAUUUUACUGUUUGUUUUUGGGUUAUUUCUAAGUCUUGGAUGUAGAGGUUGAUGAAGCAAAGCAGAUAAAAAUGUAUUAAAGUUGUUGGCCAAAG